CAACUUUUUGUUAUUUUUGAAAAUCUUGAAAAAAGUUAAAAAAAGAUUUUUCUGUUGGACAUUUUAUGAGUGCUGAUGAUCGAUGAGUUUAUCUUCCCUAACUUCCACCAACAGAACUCCAGGACAUUACAAAUUAGCUUAGUAGAAAAUAUGGUUUUAAAAGUCUGAUAUUUUUCACCUCAGGUGAAUCCCUAUAUACUUAAGCUUCCCACCAAGAACUGCAUCGAGCAUCAUCGCUGCAGAUCAAAAGCCUGAUCGGAUGGUGGUCGAUUUUGCCUCUUAUUGGUUAAUUGAGUUUGUUGAAACUAUGCCAUCCCCAUCAUUUAUUUUAGUGCUUCCCUUACUGCAGCAACAGCUUUCAUUAUUUCUGCAAGAGCUUCAGGGACAAUUCUUGAAGUUUCACUUGAUCCGUGUCUCAUUAUUUUGAUUUUCCAUCAAUUGACUUAUGGAAAACAUGAGUGUAUUUUCUUUUGUCUUUUUGGUUCUGAUAGUGCUGGUGGAGAUGGAGUUGAUGAAAAUGAAAAGUAACAAAACACAUUUUUAAUGAAAAAUGAACAAAAUACAAUUAUCUGAACCUCCUUUCUUAUUCAAUUUCCAUGUGCUUUUCUUAGUGCCACUAAUUCAGCUCCAAGGAGGGAUUUUUCUUUGGUUUGUCUACUACCACAUUGACACAAAAGGUGAUAUCGACACCUCUUUGUAUCAGUUUUAAAAAAUAAAGUUUGACUGGGUUCUAAUAUAUUAUCCCCUAUUUCUCUAUAAAAAAAAAAAAGAAAAGAAAUCAGUGCAAUAUUCUAUUCAAAAACUGUUUUCAUUGACCAAUUGGCUGUAUUGUCCAGCUACUAGUAUAAAGUCCAACUGAACCCUCUCCGUCAUGUGUUUUUUCUUGGAAUAACAUAAACUGUAUUGGAAAAACAAAGCAAACAAGAUCUGCAACUAGCCAAGAUCUGCUUCUUAUAGAAACCAUGGCUGAAACUCAAGAAACAGUUUUCAAGUCAGUACAAGAACUGGCAAGUAGCAACCAGGUUCCAGAAAAGUAUAUCCAUACACGAAUCUCAAUCAAUAACUCUUGUCCGCUGCUUGAUGUGCCUGAAGUUGACCUUAGCCUUCUCAUAUCACCAACAUCUCCUGCCAGACAACAUGAGCUCAACAAACUUCAAUCAGGUCUCAAGUCUUGUGGCUGCUUCCAGGUCAUAAAUCAUGGAAUAGCAGAUUCAUUUCUUGACAAAGUGCGAGAAAUUAGCAAAGAGUUCUUUGCUCUUCCAGCUGAAGAGAAGCUUAAAUAUGCCAGAACAGUUGAUGACAUGGAUGGAUACGGAAAUGAUUCAGUUCUUUCAGAAAAGCAAAAGCUUGAUUGGACAGACAGAUUGUAUCUAAACGUGUUUCCUGACGAUACAAGAAAACUUCAAUUCUGGCCCCAAAAACCUGAAUGUUUUAGGGCAGUAUUAGAAGAAUAUAUCGAGAAUAUGAAGUUGUUGAGUGACUCCCUCCUAAAGGCUAUGGCAACGUCAUUGAACAUGGAGGAGAACUGCUUUCUGGACCAGUGUGGAGAACACAGAACGAUGGUUGCAAGAUUCAACUUCUAUCCUCCGUGUCCAAGGCCUGAUGUUGUACUCGGAGUCAAACCACAUGCUGAUGGAUCGGCCAUUACCAUCCUGUUGCAAGAUGAAGAAGUUGAGGGGCUUCAGGUUCUCAAAGAUGACCACUGGUACAGAGUUCCUGUUAUCAAGUAUGGUUUACUCAUUAAUGUUGGAGAUCAAGUUGAGAUAAUGAGCAAUGGUGUCUUUAAGAGCCCCAUGCACAGGGUGGUGACAAAUGCAGAACGAGAAAGAAACACCCUUGCUGUCUUCAUUAUGCCAGAUGUAGAUGUUGAAAUCGGACCAGUGGAGAAACUUAUCAACCAGGAAAGGCCAAGAGCGUACAAGAAUGUUAAGAAUUUUGUUGAUCUCUUCUUCCAAAGCUACCAGCAGGGUAAAAGACCAAUAGAAGCAGCAAUGAUUUCCUAAGAACUCCAUUAAAAGCUCCCUUUCUUGCUUUUCCAUCCAACCCCUGCUGACUGUAUGUGAGAAAAAUGAGUCAAAAGGCCCCUCAAGUUUCCAAUUUAGAAAAGGGGUUAAGUGGGUUUCACGAAUUUGUUAAAACAAAAAAAAAAUAAAAAAUCUAGUCUUUUUGAAUAACUGGGAUAGUUGUUGAACAACUUAUCGUAGUUGUUGAACAACUACGCUUAGUUGUUGAACAACUUCGCAAAGUUGUCGAACGACUACCAAAGUUGUUCUACAACUGAAACAAGUUGUUGGGACGAAAAAACUUAAAAAAAAAAAAAAAAAAAAAAAUUGUUCCUCCCACCUAAUUUAAAAAUCUUGGAGGAUUCUCACUUGGACAACUUGGGAGUCCUUUUUCAUCCAAAGUCUCACUGUAUGUUGGUUCUUUCUUCCUCUAUUUGUAUUACUAGUCUCAUUUGGCGUGCUAAGUUCGAGCCCAAACUAUAUUAAUAUUUAUAUUUAUAUUUAUAAAGUUUUUUUAUUUUGUUUCUUUA